AUGGGCUCGCCAUUGAAGGCCUGUUUGUGGUUGUACCUGGUCAGGCGGGUCGCUGGGAUCGCCGGGAUGACCUGCACAUCGACCACGCCGUUGGUGUGGAAGAUCCAGCAGGGCCAGCGCUUUGCAUACAUUGCUGGGAUUUACAACCUGCCUGAGAGCAAGGCGCCUCCUUUAGAGGGAGGAUCCAUGGCAGAGGCCCUCAGCUGUUGUGACAUUGCCUACUUCCCCACGGGCUGCUCCUUGGCGGACAAGAGCAACGUCACUGGAGUGGGCAACUAUAUGGCUCAUUGUGACUACUAUCCAGUGACGCGAGAGAAGGACACCAUCGCGGAGCGGCUCUUGUCCACUCAGGUGGUGCGUCUCAAGGAAGCCCUGCAGAACCUCAGCACCUAUGCCCAAGCCGAGUGCCGAGCCUCUGCCAACGAGUUCCUCUCGUCCGUGGCGGACUUGAACUCCUCCACCUAUCGCAUCACGCUGCUGACCGCCUUCCGCCGAGGCAUGAGCUCCAUCAAUCCUCUUUGGUGCACCGAUGCUGGCACAGCCUCCAUGGAGACCUUCUUGCGCCAGCGCUGGGGGCAGCGCAAGCCGAUCUUCGGUCUGGAGGAUGUGAGUGUGGAGUGCCAGGCGUUCCAGGGGAACACGGUGGCAGAAGAUCAAGAAUUGGCCACGUUCAUGAUCGACCAUUUCAACGAGCCCUGGCUUUCGCAGAUGGCAAAGUACCAGGAGAACAUGGAGCAGGUGAUGAAGUGUGGUGACCUGGACGUCCUGACCACAGUGGCCGAAGGCAUCAAGGAUCUCCCACUGAGCAGCGAACGGAACUUGCAGUACAGGAACAACAACUUGGCUUGGGGUGUCCAGAAGGCCAUGGAUGCCAACCAGGACAAGAACAUCUUCUUUGCCAUCCCGGUGACGCAUCUGGUGGACGCCGCCGGGCGCACAGGAGUUCUUUCUCAGCUCACCAAGGCCGGACUGAACCCCGUGCGGCAGACGCCGGCCGUGGCGGCCGCUGAACGCUGCCAGGCAUGUCAGAACGUGCUCCUGCGGGAGGAGUUGGCAGGAAUGCCGCAAAUGACGGAAUGCCUCCACGUACGAGGCUCCCGGUGCUGCGGCUUUAGACCACUGCCUCAAGCCGCCCGCGCAGGUCCAACUGUUUGUGCGACCUCCAAAGAUCCCCUGUCGGCGGAUGGCCGCUUUGAGCUCCCUGAUUUGAGCAUUUGGCCAGUCGCAGCCACUGAGCUGCAUUCAGUUCGAGAAGCAGUUCGAGCAGAUCCUGGGGAAGGACGACGUUCGGCCAUCCGCGCGUAUACCGGUUCGACGGCGCGACGGAAGGGGUAG